CGCGCGGCAUGUAUAGAGACCUGAAGAUUGUCAGGUAGCGACUCAUGCUCGGUUAGUUUCGGAUUCAAAGCGGCCACUCGCUCCUCUUUUAGUAAACGGGUCAACUGAAGGUUUGUUGUUACUUUUGAACGGUAUCAGAGCGUCUCAGUCCCGCGUGAGCCUCUCCCCCGGCGGCUGGCGCCCUUUGUAGCUCUCCAAACUGAAUGACUGUGUUUGUUGCCAGUUCCUUUGAUCCAGCCGCUGACUCCCAUGGCUCCAGGAACUGUCUGAUUCUGGAUCUGUCAGACAGGAAUAAGAUAGGGAGAGAUGAGCUGGGCUGAAGAUGACUGGACGGUGGGGCUGUCCGGACGGGUCCUGCAGAAGGUGAAGGAGCUGCAGGUCCAGCAGGAGCGUCUGUCCAGAGAGAACAAGCAGAAACAGCUGCAGCUGGACAACAUCAACACUAGCCUUGAAAAACAAACUGUGAAGUAUGAGGAAGUACGAGGGGAGCUCCAGUCUGUGCACAGGGAGCUGCAGAGUGUUCGAGAUGAGGCCAAGGUGGCAGCGACCAGCAGUCAGCGCCUGUCCCAGGAGCUUCAGACCAAGCAGGCCCAAGUAUGUUCCUUGGAGGGCCAGCUGGAUGCUUCACGCUCUGUCAACAACAAACUCACGCAGGAAGUCAAAAGGCUGGAGACAGAGCUCGAGAAGCUGCAGAACAGCAGCAGGUCGGCAGACACACCUCUCUUCUCGACACCCUGCUGGAAUACAACCUCACCCUGGGAAAACAAUGGGAGCAGAAAGGAGGACCGGCUGGGGCAGAGAGAUGAAGGCCACAUCCGACAGCGGCUCCAGUUCUCAGACAUGCCUACAGCCUCGUUGCCACGACAGCAACACAAGAUCACGCCCCACCGCCACCUGUCUGACCAAUCAGAGUCCUACUCUACUCCCAUGGCUGCGUUUCCGUGGGAACGGGAUGACUCGAGGUCGGCAGCCAGGAGACGAUCCCCAACUUCUCCCCAGACGCCCGUCGUUGACCUCAGUCAAGCCCAUUCAGAGCAGAGGGUUUGUGGGAAGGAAAAGAACCAAACACAAACAGACACAUCUUCGUCAGAAAUGCGGAGUCGUGUCUCUUCUCUGGAGGAGGAGCUGCGUGUGAAGGCCGAGAAGCUGAAGUCGACUCAGAACGAAAUGGUGCAGAGCAAGAAGGAGCUCGCCAGCAGGGACGUCAGUCUGCAGAGAUCCCGCGAUGAGCUCAGCCUGGCACAUACACGUAUGGCCCAGGAGAGCGAAAAGGCAUCGAAAGCAGAACAGAGGCUGAAGCAGCUUCAGGAGGAGCUGAAGUGUCAGAGGCAGAACGCAGAGAGUAGCCGACUGCAACACCAGCAACGCACCAAGGAGCUGGAGAAACAAAAUCAGAGGGAUUUGUUGGAGCUUCAGAAGGAGAGACAGUGUCUAGAGAGGCAACAUCAGCAGGAGGUGAAUAAGCUCAACCAGGAGCUCCAACAGGCCAGGACUCUCCACAAUGCCCUGCAGGCCCAGGCUGACAAGCUGUCUCUACAGAAGCAGGCGUUGGAUAAAGAGCUGGAGACUCUGAAAGAGAAACUGAAGUGGACUGAGGGACAGCUGCAGGAGAGCCAGAAGAAAGAGGCACAGACACAAGCCAAACUGACGGAAGCGGUGCGUGAGGCGGAGGGUGUGGCAGUGAGACUGGAGCAGAGCAGGAAGAGAGAGCAAGCUCUGGAGGAGGAGGGGAGGAGACUGGCAGAGGAGAGAGCUGACGCCCUGCAUCUCCUUAAAGAACUGCAAGAGCAAAAAGCCGCUCCAGUACCUCUACAACCGGUCCAGUAUUGCUGUGGUGGACAGAGCUUCUCCACUCAACCUUCCUUCUCUCAUCAGUCUCGAUCGUCACCUUACACAAAGAGGUCUGCCACCAGCCGAGCCGAGCAGAGGAGGGAUAAGGGACCGGAUGAGGAGUGUGAGGGAAAGGCAGAGAUUGCAGCUUCUUACCCCAUUGACAGAGAGCCAGGAGAAGGCAUAGACUCUGAACACAUCACUGUCUUUAUCUCUCCAGACUCUGAGUGUUUGCAAAGAGGACAACACAGAAGAGGAAGCGAUGAUGAGGAGAACAAGAGUAGAAAUCAGCCGACAGAGUGUGACACCUCUUGGACCAACAGGCCUUCCUCAUUUGAUGAGGUGCUCUGCAGAUCCUCUCAGUCCGCUUCUGUUACACCCACCAUGACUUCCAUUGAUGACUCUGCUGAUAAAACACGGCAUCUCAAGGCAGAGCAGGCCACACCCUCUAAAGACCUCCAGAGGGAGAAUGCCAUGCUACGUUCAGAGCUACAUGAUGUGCGGGAAGAACUCCAGAAGCGACUGGAGGACCUUGAAGCCCAACGACGGGCCGAGUCCGAAACCAAGACCCGGCUGAAACAGCUCAGCCGAAAACACGCUAGCCAGGGUGUGGAGAAAGAGGAGCAGGAGAAGGAAUGGAAGUCACAGCUGGAGAGGGAGAAGGCUGAGACAGAAAAGUUGAGGCAGGCCCUAUCCGCUAUGGAGGCAGAGAUGAAGAGAGGGAGGGAGGAAAGAGAAAAUGAUGACAGAAAGGAGACAGAGGAGGAAACAAAGAAAACAAAAGAAGACAGAGAGAGUGAAAUGAUUGAACUUAAUAUCCAGCUGAAGAAGCAGCUGGCAGAGGUGAAGGCCCAGCUGGCUUUAGAACGAGAAGAGAGACAAAGAGAGGAAGAGGCGUGGAAUCAAAAAAUAAACACAGAAAGACACGUAAAGACGGAGCUGAACAUGAAACUGGAAGAACUCGAGGCCAAACUGGAGGAACUAAAGAGCUGCAGAAUUGCAGACUCAUUGGAAGAGGAAAAACUCUCAGUAGCCAACAGCCCGCUGCCAUAUCUGACUCUUCGUGACGAUGACCUCAACUCCAACAUCACUGGCUGGGACAACAAGCUCCUCCCUUCGUCUGAGCAGCACCUCCUCUUCUGUCAGUCCACCAAUCAGCGCAACAUGCUUGUAUCUCAGGCAACAGAGGAUCUUAUCCAAGAAGAGCAAGCAGUGAUAGAUCAUGAACACUCACAUCUGUCAGAUGAAAGGCAAACAAGGCCAGUGGUCACAGACCUGCAAGACACCACCCUACACAACUAUCUGGGAGGAUCCAGAGAUCUCCAGAGGGGAGAUUCUGCCCCCACUGACUUGACCAAGGAGGUAGAGCAACUAAGCAAGGAAAAUGUAAGGGAGACAGAUCGUGCUAACCAGUGCGAGGUUAAACUGAAAGCCCUGCAGAACCAGGUGACAAGUCAGACCAAACAAUUAACCAUGGCCUUUGAGAAGCAGAGCCAACACAUCUCCGGACUUCUAGCUGAGCUACAGGAGAAGGAGAGCACCCUCCUCAGCCAGGGAGAGGAACUGCAGCUCUGCAAGCAAGAGCUGGAUGCACUCAAGGCUGAAAAACAGGGAGAGGUGAUAGCUGUCAAAGUGGAGGAGGAUAAAGAACCAAAAGAAGAGAGGCGAGAGAGGGAAAGCCAAGAUGAUUCAGUGGAUUCCUUAGAGUUUCAACUAAAUCAGGACAAGAAGUGUGCUGUCACUGUGACUCACAUGGACUGUAAUGCACAAAAAGAUGCAGGUAAACCAGAGAUUUUGACAUCUGAGGCUGAAAAACAAACACUUAUCAGCAGUGAAGUAGAUAAUGCAAGUAAUUCAUUGUCACAGGCUCAGCGUCAAGGCUUUGUGAACUCUGAAAAGAUUCAAAGUAACGAUGACUCUGCUUCUGUUAAGAAAGAAACCGAGUGUGGUCAAGGUGGAGGUAUAGUUGCAGAACUACUCGCUCUCCAACAGGAGAAUCGGCUGCUGAAACAAAGAAUUGACACCUUGAUGGUUUCAGGCACAAACAACUUACAAGCACUACACACAGGCAGUGAAAACCAAGAAGACUCGGUGGAGCACAGCCAAAACACAGGACAUGUGACUCUGUCCUGCUCAAAGGAGCAGAAAACACCUAAUGUGCCAAGUGACAUCGCCACUGAAGCUCGACCACUGCUGCUGAACAUGAGUAGGAAUGAAGAUAAAGGACGAGGGUUAGAAAGGGUAGAUGAAAGAACAGCUGGGGCUGACAAAGACGCCGAUCCAGCCUCUCGGCUUCAGAUCAACCAUCUACAGCAACAGGUUGUGGUGCUGCAGAAAAAACUUCGGGCUCUCUCUGUGGAGACCCAGCGGCAGACUGAGGAAUUGGCCGUUUGGAGAUUGUCCUCUCAACCCGCCCCAACAUUUGAAGACAUCCUACCCAACCCAGAAAACCCGUCUCAGACCCAGGACCAGAUUUCAAGCCAGCAGCACACUAAUGACAUGACCCCCAGCCUUCACCAGGAGCCAGCACCUCUGGGUGUCCCCCAGAGCCCUGGUCAAGUGACAGUCAUCAGAGAAGAUGAGUUACUCCUGUCCUGCUCCUCUAAAAAACUUCAGGGCCGCAUGCUGUUCUCCAGACUGCAGCACAGCAACCACUCUGAACCAAAGAGUCUCCAUUCUUCAAAGAAGACUUCAGCACACAACACUGCUGAGGUUGACAUGGAAUCUGAAAAAGAAAACCAGGAGAUCAGCUUCUUACAACGAUCGGAUAGCUGUCUAGCACAACACAAAGAGAAGAGAGACACUCAGCUUCUCCAGACAUUAUCUGAGAAAACGGGUCAACAACACAUCACCAAAGUUUCAAAGAGCCAAAUCAGACCAAAAACAGAAACUCCUGAGGCCAAACGAAACGCUUCCACAGCAGUCAAUGAAAUAUACACAACUAGUGAUUCCUCAGAAAGAGAUUUCAGCGUAGAAACAAGAAGCGUGAGCAGCCAAACAGAGGAAAGUUUGUAUCCUCGUAGUCCUCCAACUGCAUCUGAACUCCACUGUGCAUACACACAGACUGAGGAGGAAGAAAAAGAGGGGGAAGAUGAAGAGCUGGUGGAAUCACCCCCUGUCUCUCCUGUCCCACUUUCUGAGGCGUCAGAGGCAAGAGACAAAAUAUUGUUUUCUAGUACUUUCCCCAUCCCGGCUGACCCGGCGCGUCUCGCAGAAAGAAUCCGCCGAAACAGGACACAACUGUCGGCCGCUUACGACGACACAGAAUACGAACCGUACGGCCUGCCAGAAGUUGUCAUGAAAGGUUUUGCAGACAUCCCAACUGGUCCCUCAUGUCCCUACAUAGUGAGGAGGGGUUUGUUGGGGACAGCUGUUGUACCCGUCCCACAGAAAGAGCCGGGACCAGAGGAGACAGAUUAAAACACAGCUGCAGAUGUGGUGGAAAGAAGCGAUCACUGCGGCCUGAUCGGGAACCUCAGUGAUGGACGACAGCAGCUUUACAGGGACACUCCACUCACCAGCAACCUGAAGCACCUCAGAUCUGCAAAUCAACACAUGAGCAGCCUCUAUUUGUGCUGCAGUCACACAGGGACUUCUGUGUGAGAGUGUGUGUGUGUGCGUGCAGGUAACUGUGUCCACACUGGCUGAAUACACUGCUCCACUUCAGAUCUAAAAUGUUUUUUUAUAGUUUUAGUUUUUUAAAUUUAUUUAAUCAUCACUUGUUCACCCUCUAAUUGAUGUGUGGACACUUUACUGGCCGUCAAAAUGCAGUGAUUUUACACCCACCUGUUUAUUUGGGGACGGAGGUGGUAAUUUAGUGAUGUUUAUUGAUGUUUCAUGAAGUUAACAACUAUUCUUCAAAAAGGACUGUUUAGGAUUUAGUAACUCUGAAAUAACUUGUGGGUCAAGCCUCAGCCGACUCUAAAUGAAACAGUGCCUAGUGGAAGUUUUUCUAAACAAGUUCUUGUCAAGAUAAGUCUGACUUGUUUGUCCAAAAAGGUGAAGCCAAGAGAGGCCUGUCAUGAAAAUGUGAUAUUUAUCUGUUUAAUUCUUGCAGUGGCUUAUUUAUGGACACUUGAAUGUGUUUUAGUUGAACGCAGGUGUUUACAAAGAACGUGUGAGCGUGUGGGGACGUUCACUGUGCAUUUGAACAUGUGUGUCUUCAUCCUGAUGUUACGGUUUGUAUAUAUAUAUAUAUAUAUGUGUGUGUGUGUCUGUGUGUGUGGUGGAGAGAGAGAGAGGGAGAGGGGGCGAGCUCAUGUCUAUGACUCAAUCUAACCUGCGUUGGUUUCCGCUCCAUGUAUGGUGAUACACACUGAGCUCCCUCUCUCCUCCCUCUGUUGCUUUUGCUUUUCUGCCUUACACUAAUGAGCACUCAGUAGUUAAUUUACCAAAAAAAUACAACUUGUGAAGUUUUUUUUUUUUGGCAGAGGACACCGAGAAAUGGAGCCGCUUUCUUAUAUCAUAAUUUAUUUGAUUUGAUCUAUCUAUUUUUGACAGAUUUUUUUUUGUCUUGCACAUUUGUCACUGUGCCACAGACAGCAGUAGCCUAGGCGUAUGCACACCGUAGAUUUUGUAGAUGAGUUUGGAGUUGAUGUACAGUUUGUAUUUUGCCCUUUAAACAGAGGAUUUCACCACCGUGCGUGCUUACAAGGGUUGACCAGUUUGUUAACACCUUGUUAUGCUGAAGAUCGGUGACUUUUGAGUUUUUGAGAUAAAAGCUCAGGACUAAUUUCUGUUGAGUGUGAAGUGAUUCGGUUUUAUUUAUGUUUACAUUUUAUUUAGAGGUUUGUUGACUCAGUAAGGACAGUGUGAACUGUUACUGCAUUGAUUGAACGCCUACGUCCUUCAUUUGCCAUGUUCACACCCUCACACACACACACACACACACACACCCUUUCAGCUGCCUUCAUAUCUCUGGGAUCUGUAGUCUUUUGGCAGUGAGGUGCGAUUGUCGGACUCCGAACAGAGAAGCUCACUGUGUAUCUUUUUGCCUUCUUUUGGACACUUUCAUGUGAAUGUUUGUGUUGUGUUUGCUGCUAGAAUAAAAGGCUUG